AUGGCUCUUCUGGAGGUCUCCCUUUGGAGCGUGGGUGGCAGGAAGCUCGGUGCAGUUGAGCUCAGGGAGGAAUCCACCGUGAAGGAGCUGAAGUAUGCGACGGCGGACUUGCUGGAGUUACCCCCGAAAUGUCACAGACUACUUUGUGGUGGAGAAAUCAUGUCCAGCAACAAGCGCAUGAAGCACUACUACAGCCAAACUGAAGCUGCAAUUGAGGUCACUGUGGUCAUCUCGCAUGAGUUGAUAUACAAGCGCAUGUGGGAUCCUUGUGGCGAAGUGAGGCAAGCCGCCCUGAAUACUCUUGGGCGGGCGGCGGAACCCGGCUCCAAGGCAGCAAUCGAGGCAGUAUGCCAAUGCCUUGAGGACUGCAGCGGUGAGGUCCGACGCGUGGCUCUGAAGACGUUGUCUUACAUUGCCGAAAAUGGCAACGAGGAGGUGAUUAAUCUUCUUUGCGAUAACGUGGCCCGUGGCGACCUCUUCACCAAGGCCACUGCCAUCAAAGGCUUGAUGAAAGUUGCUGGUGCAGGUCACCAGAACUUGGUGUGCAGCGUGCUCGACCUUUUAGCCAGCAGAAAGGCUGCGUCCAGGCGGCUGGCGAUGGAAUCGCUGCCGCAGGUUACAAUGCCUGGUGAUGCUAGAUCCGUCAAGGCAGCGUGCAUCUCGCUCCGAGACGAAGAUGCGAAAGUUAGGCAAUUGGCUGCCCAAGCCUUGGGUCAGCUGGCCCUGAGAGGUGACCCUGAAGUGGUGGAGAUGCUGCUGGAGAGACUGCAGGACCAGGACAAACUCACCCGUCGCCACGCGACUAUUGCAUUGGGCCACGUUGCAACACAGGACGAUGGCAAGGCCUGCGGAGUUUUAACCUUGGGACAGCCGAGCCUCAUCGGGCAUGCGAGUGGCCUCUACGGCACGGGAGGCGAUCCUGUGCUGGACAGGUUUCACAUGAAGCUAGUCUUGGAAAAUUACACGACGAUCGAGAAUUUGGAGCGUGAGGAGGGUGCAAAAAGCAAGUUUGAUAUUGGCCGCCGCAGGAACUGGGAGCAGGUCUUUGGCCAAAAUCCUUGGAUGUGGUGGCUUCCACUGCACACGCAGGCCUCGCGGCCAAUUGGCGACGGUGUCCGAUGGCGGGUUCACUAUACGAGAGUAAUCGACGAGGAUGAAGAGUUGCCUGCAGAUGAGGAGGGCAUGUCGCAAGCAAGCAGAUUACUAAACCAGGGCAAUGCCGGUUCCGCGAAUCGAUCUACCGGAAGGUAG